ACCAGGACUCUCCGCAGGUUUGCACAAGCCUGAGGUGAUUGAAUUCGCGACAAGUACCGCGAAUCACAUAGGCCGUACUGUAUGGACUACGAUCUAGGGAUUGAUGAGUUCAAUUUCCAGCACGGAACAGAAUGUUUAGACACGUCAUAUCACCAUUGUCACCAACGAUCGCCAGUCGAGACAAAACGCUUCACGGAAGCAGCAAUGUGCAGGCCCUGGCGAAUAUAUACGCAGAUGGUGCCGGUACAACACAAACCUCCGUCCCCGACUCGGACAGAACUGACCGCGGUGCGCACUCUUGACACCAACUGUACUGCUGGGAUACAGUGACCUAUUACAAAUAUUGUCAUUGCAACACCUUCGCGAGAUGGAGGACUUGUUGAACUGAGCUAUUGCCGUAGUAGUGAGUUCAUAUUUUGUCCGCGUUUCGUACCUAGAUUGACGGUCGACGACGACGGCUGUGUAUGAACAUACUCUACGGGGGCACAAAGCGAGUUCUACAGGUGCACCAGGUAAUUGCUGAACGGAACGAGCUGCGGAGAUGUGCUGCGGUCGGAC